ACAGCCGCACAGCCGCCGGCAUGUCGCCCGUGCACGACUGGACUCGCUCCGACCUCUCCGCCAAGACGACGCGGCGCGCCAUGACGACGUCGGCGCUGCUGACGACGGCGGCGACGCUGCUGACGUCGGCGGCCGUGCUGCUGGCGACGGUGACGCCGCAGGCGCGCGGCGCGGCCGGGCCGCACGCGCUGCGCGAGGCCUUCUCGUGGCGGCAGAUCAACUGGACGUGGCCGGCCGGCGGGCCGCCCGCGGGCGCCGACUACCAGCCGCGCAACAACCUGCCGCUGGGGCUCGCCGUCUGGCGCGACCGCCUCUUCCUCACCGUGCCGCGCCGCAAGGCCGGCGUGCCCGCCACGCUCGGAUACGUCGACAUCGACCGGAAUAGUACGGCGCGGCGGUCGCCUGCCCUGCGGCCCUACCCCAACUGGGAGACGAACCGUCUGGGCAGGGGGCCCACCAGCAGGGGCAGCGCACCGCGCAUCACCUCCACCUACCGCGUCUGGGUGGAUCCCUGCGACCGCCUCUGGGUCGUCGACACCGGGCUCGCCGACCCUGGCAACGGCACUGUCGUCACCAUCACCGCACCGCAGAUCCUCGUUUUCAACCUGCUCAACGACCGGCCCAUCUUCAACUACUACCUGAAGGAGGCGGACUACCGGCCGAACUCGUUCUUCGCGCACAUCGCGCUGGACGUGACGGCGGACAGGUGCGCCGAGGCGUUCGCCUACCUGCCGGACCUGGGAUCCUACGCCAUGGUGGUGUUCGACAUGGCGCGCAUGUCGUCGUUCCGCGUGCAGCACCACUUCUUCUUCUUCGAGCCGCAGCACGGCGACUACCGCAUCGCCGGGCUGGACUUCCAGUGGACGGACGGCGUCUUCUCGGCGGCGCUGUCGGCGCCCGACCCCGCGGACGGCGGCUUCCGCACCCUCUACUUCCACGCGCUGUCCGCCACCACCGAGUAUGCCGUCUCCACCAGACUCCUGCGCAACAGGACCGCGGCUGGCACGACGCCCUGGUUCCGCUCCUUCCGGGCAGUGGGAUCGCGCGGGCCCAGCGGCCAGUCGACUGGCAGCUUCCUGGACGAGGAGACGGGCGUGCUCUUCCAGAUGGAGGUGAACAACCACCGCGUCACCUGCUGGAACUCGCGCACCGGCCUCCCCAUGUCCCCUGCCACCAUAGGCGUCGUCGCCCCUGACGACGGUCGCUCCUUCGUCUACCCCAGCGACAUCAAGGUGGACGCCCGCGGGGACCUGUGGUUCGUAAACAACGUGCUGCCGGUGCUGCUGUACGGCGAGGUCGACAGCAAGGCGUACAACUACCACGUCUUCACGGGCCGCGUCUCUGACGUCAUCAGAGGCACCGUCUGCGAGCCUUACCGCCCGGCCCACAGAUGGCAGCUGCCGCCGACGCCCGCCGCACGUCUAAGCCUAAUCAGCGUGCCUUUUGGAUAGGCGCCGAGAUCCAUGUGCGGGAAGCUGGAAUGUCUGUCGAUGGACGAGAGGACCAGGAUAGUUUCGGAACAAUUUCUAUGGGUUUUUUCGUGUAAUGUGCAUUGAUGCCAUAUCUGCCUGCAGUGUCAGAGUAGAGACGACUGAGCUUGUUUGUUACCAUUAUCUUUGUUUUUUUAUGUCAUACUCAUCAUCAUCAGAUACUAUCAUCACUUCAGCAUUUUAUCACACAUCCGUGGAUUAUAAAUAUUUGCUAUUAAUCGCCUAUCUUUGUCUGUUUUUC